CUUAAAAGCCACAUCUGUAGUAGGAUGUAUGUUAGUUUCUUCCUUUUUUUAGUUCCUCUUGCAACAAACCAUUCACUGGGAUCUGACAAUUUUUUUAAGCAUAUUUAAACUUACACACUUUGUGUAAUGAGGAUUUCAGUGUAGGGUUUUUCUGGAGAAUACCAUUUGGUCCUACUAAGAAUUGCCUGUUCAAAUGUUGGAGCACUUGAUUGAAAAAUCCUUCUUAGCCUUUUUAAAGGUAGCUUACAAAUGACUAGAAAAACUGAUUCCUUCUGAGACAUCAGGUCAUUUCCCGUGAAAUCCAGAUUUUGCUGUCUAUUUGUGAAAAAGAAUCAACCUCUUGGAAAUCACCUUAAAAGGACCUGAGAGUUUGAAAGAAGCCGGUAUUGAACCUUAAUUUCUUCCCCGAACAAGAAAAAUGGUCUGUGACCGAAACUGUGGGCUCAUCGCUGGCGCUGUCAUCGGUGCAGUCCUGGCUGUGUUUGGAGGUAUUCUAAUGCCAGUUGGAGACCUGCUCAUUGAGAAGACAAUUAAAAAGGAAGUUGUCCUUGAAGAAGGUACAAUUGCUUUUAAAAAUUGGGUUAAAACAGGAACAGAAGUUUACAGACAGAUCUGGAUCUUUGAUGUGCAGAAUCCAGAGGAAGUGGCAGUUAACAGCAGCAAAAUUAAAGUUAAGCAAAGAGGUCCUUACACAUACAGAGUUCGUUAUCUAGCCAAGGAAAUUAUAAAGCAGGACUCUGAGACCCACACGGUCUCUUUCAAUCAGCACAAGGGUGCCAUCUUUGAACCUUCACUAUCAAUUGGAACAGAGAAUGACACAUUUACCAUCCUCAAUCUGGCUGUAGCAGCUGCACCCCACCUCUAUCCAAGUAGAUUUAUUCAACUAAUACUCAAUGCAUUUGUGAAAAGUUCAAAAUCUUCUAUGUUUCAAAAGAGAACUGUGAAAGAACUUUUGUGGGGCUAUACAGAUCCAUUCCUGAAUGCGGUUCCAUACCCUAUUUCUACCACAGUUGGUGUGUUUUUUCCUUACAAUAAUACUGCAGAUGGAGUUUAUAAAGUUUUCACCGGAAAAGACAACAUAAGCAAAGUUGCCAUAAUUGACACAUAUAAAGGCAAAAAGACUUUCUCCUAUUGGCCAAGUUACUGUGAUAUGAUUAAUGGUACAGAUGCUGCCUCAUUUCCACCUUUCAUUGAGAAGACCCGGGUAUUGCAAUUCUUUUCCUCUGACAUUUGCAGGUCAAUGUAUGCUGUGUUUGGAGCCGAAAUUAAUCUGAAAGGAAUUCCUGUGUAUAGAUUUAUUCUUCCAUCCAUGGUUUUCGCAUCUCCACUUCAAAAUCCAGACAACCACUGUUUCUGCACAGAAAAAACUAUAUCAAAAAACUGUACAUUAUAUGGUGUACUAGACAUUGGCAAAUGCAAAGGUGGAAGACCUGUAUACAUUUCACUUCCUCAUUUUCUACAUGCAAGUCCUGAAAUUGCAAAAACUAUUGAAGGCUUAAAUCCAAAUGAAGAAGAACACAGCACCUAUUUAGAUGUUGAACCUAUAACAGGAUUCACUUUACGAGCUGCAAAACGGCUACAGAUCAACAUGUUGGUCAAGCCAGCAAAAAACAUUGAAGCAUUAAAGAAUCUGAAGCAGAACUAUAUUGUGCCUAUUCUUUGGAUUAACGAGACUGGCACCCUUGGUGAUAAGAAGGCAGAAAUGUUCAGACAUCAAGUGACUGAAAAAAUAAACCUCCUUGGCCUGGUAGAAAUGAUCUCACUGAGUGUUGGUGUGGUGAUGUUUAUUACUUUUAUUAUUUCAUACUGUACAUGCAGAUCAAAGAAAGUAAAUUAAGAAGCAAAUGAGUUCUUACAUUUAUGCACCAGCUGUAAUAGGACCUUUCUUAUUAUCAACCUACAAAAUGAAGAUUUAAUAUGCUGUAUGUUUGCAAAAUGCACCUUAUCUUAUAGUUAAAAAAUAGGCGACACUUUUUUUUUUUUUGCACUGAGCAUGUUGCUAAAGUAUUUUUAAGAUGUCACUAAAAUCAACACUCUGAUCAAAAAAGGGCACCUUUUCAAAUUCAACAUGUAUACAACUGAACUGAUUUUAGUUUCUACAGAUGUGGUUUGAGCACAAUCCAAUUAUUUUCAUUUGGUACAGACGCACUAAAUGGUUCCAGUGGCAAAUUUGGCAAAGGAGUGGAUGUUCUAAACAAAUCCUGGACCUGAACUUGUCUUCUUCAUCAGGGGGAAAUAUGAUUACCCUCAUCAGUGUCCCUGCAAUAGACAGACCCCAGGACUGUCACUACAUUGCAUUUCCUGAGAACUACCUAUUUUGAAAGACAUUUAAGAAUGGAAAUUCAAUGACUGGCCUAUGAACCAUCUAUUACACAUUACUAAAGUUUUUCUGUAUGGAAUCCUUUGUACAGCAACAGCAGGCAUUAUAACCAAGCUGUUUACAAGGAUAUGGGCUUACAUUUUUGUCAGUGUGUGUGCAAAUGGACAUAUUUAAGGAUUAUCAUUUUCCACAUUCUGCAGGUUUUCUGGAAAUCUGAGCAGAUUUUGCUGUUUAUACUCAGUUGCAUACAACUUGUGCUUGGCAACUUCAAAAUGCUGUUCUAGUAGUAAGAGAUGUAAAUGAUAAUGAAAUUAUUGUGUGGAAGAUUACAAAGAGUAGAAUGUGAAUUAGUAGUUAUUUGUUGUAGUUAUUCUUACUUUCAUAGUCACUUCAGAAAGACUG